AUGUAUCAAACAUCCCUUAGCCAAUUUUUGCAUCUGUUUGACAUGUCAAUGACAAGGUCAACGAAAUCUCCAGUAACGCAGAAACGAAUUCACAACAUCAUCGAAUACAUGACAUAUGAGAUCUUCAAAUACACAAGAGACGUGUGUAUCUAUCUAUCUAUCUAUCUAUCUAUCUAUCUAUCUAUCUAUCUAUCUAUCUAUUUCAGUCUGUUCAUAUCUAUCUUUCUAUCUGAGAAACUUUUAUUUAUGCACUUUUCAAUCUAUCCAUUUCUUUCUUUCUUUCUUUCUUUCUUUCUUUCUUUCUUUCUCAUUCUGUUAAUUAUCUAUCUAUCUAUCUAUCUAUCUAUCUAUCUGUCUGUUCAUAUCUAUCUAUCUAUCUAUCUAUCUAUCUAUCUAUCUAUCUAUCUAUCUAUCACUGUUCAUAUCUGUGUAUCUAUCUCAAAGAUGAAACGUGUUGGCCAAGAUAAGUUUCCCUUUUGCUUUUAUUCCUAUUGUCCUUCCUUCCUAUCUAUCUAUCUAUCUAUCUAUCUAUCUAUCUAUUUAUUUGUAGGUAACCCGAAACGAAAAACAAUGGAAAUCUUGGGCUACCACUCGUCACUGGAUGUUUUCCGACGUCUGCUUCUGAUCCGUUGCUGGUGCCCUGACCGGACACUCCCCCAAGCAAGGAAGUACAUCGCUGACACUCUUGGGGAUAAAUAUGCCGAAGGGGUCAUCCUUGACUUAACAAAAUUAUGGGAGGAGAGUAAUAAUCGAACACCAAUGGUGGGCCUGCUCUCGAUGGGGGCAGAUCCCAGCAGUAACAUCGAAUCCCUGGCUAAAAAAUGCAAAAUUGAAUGUCAUGCUAUUUCCAUGGGCCAAGGACAAGAGGUGCACGCCCGGCGUUUGCUGAACCUUGGAAUCCAUCAGGGUGGUUGGCUUCUGCUACAGAAUUGCCAUCUCAUUCUUUUCAUCCACCUCUCUCUUUUCCUCUUCUUGUACCUUCUUUUUCUGUCCUCUUUUUUCUCCUCAUCGUCCUCUUCAUGCACAUUGACAGAUUUGUUGUUGUCUCUUCUGUUCCUCUCCAAAACUUCUUCUCUCUCUUCUCCUUUCCGUUCUCACUCCCCUUCCUAUCUGUGUCGUCUUUACUCACCUCCCUCCGUAGUCUACUUUGUUCUUUUCAGUUCCUCUCCUCACGAUUCUUCUCUCUGUCCUCCCUUCCGUUGGCACUGCCCUCCCUAUCUGCGUCGUCUUUACUCACCUCCCACCGUAGUCUUCUUUCAUUUCAUUUUCUUUCGAAAUUUUCUAUCUUUCUUUCUUUCUUUCUUUCUUUCUUUCUUUCUUUCUUUUUUCUUAAAAUUGCUUUCCUUUUUAGAUACUUUCUUUCUUUCUUUCUUUCUUUCUUUCUUUCUUUCUUUCUUUUCAACUCUACACAUCAUUUUGUUUCUUCCACCUCUCCUUUUAAUAAUCUUUCUUUCUUUCUUUCUUUUUUCUUACUUUCUUUCUUUCUUUCUUUCAACUCUACACAUCAUUUUUUUUUCUUUUUCUCUCCUUUUAAUUCUUCUCUUUCUUUUCUUUCUUUCUUUCUUUCUUUCUUUUUUUUUCUUUCUUUCUUUCUUUCUUUUCUCAACUCUACAUACUUUCUUUUUUCUUUCUUUCUUUUCUUUUCUUUUUUCUUUCAACUCUACACAUCAUUUUGUUUCUUCCACCUCUCCUUUUAAUAAUCUUCUCUUUCUUUCUUUCUUUCGUUCUUUCAUUCUUUCUUUCUUUCUUUCUUUCUUUCUUUCUUUCUUUCUUUCUUUCAACUCUACACAUCAUUUUGUUUCUUCCACCUCUCCUUUUAAUAAUCUUUCUUUCUUUCUUUCUUUCUUUCUUUCUUUCUUUCUUUCAACUCUACACAUCAUUUUAUACUUCCUUUCUUUCUUUCUUUCUUUUUUUCUUUUUUUCUUUCUUUUAGUUUCUUUCUUUUCAACUCUACACAUCAUUUUGUUUCUUCCAUUUUCUCCUUUUAAUAAUCUUCUCUUUCUUUCUUUUCUUUCUUUCUUUCUUUCUUUCUUUCUUUCUUUCUUUCAACUCUACUUUCACAUCAUUUUUAUACUUUCUUUCUUUCUUUCUUUCUUUCUUUCUUUCUUUCUUUCUUUCAACUCUACACAUCAUUUUGUUUCUUCCACCUCUCCUUUUAAUAAUCUUCUUUUCUUUCUUUCUUUCUUUCUUUCUUUCUUUCUUUCUUUCUUUCUUUCUUUCUUUCUUUCAACUCUACACAUCAUUUUGUUUCUUCCACCUCUCCUUUUAAUAAUCUUUCUUUCUUUCUUUCUUUCUUUCAACUCUACACAUCAUUUUGUUUCUUCCACCUCUCCUUUUACUAAUCUUUCUUUCUUUCUUUCUUUCUUUUUUUUCUUUCAACUCUCUCUACACAUCAUUUUGUUUCUUCCACCUCUCCUUUUUAAUAAAUCUUUCUUUCUUUCUUUUUUCUUUCUUUCUUUUUCUUUCUUUCUUUUCUUUCUUUUCUUUCUUUCUUUUUUCAACUUCUACACAUCAUUUUGUUUCUUCCACCUCUCCUUUUAA